AUGUCUCGACUUCUCCGACCUGCCGCCCGCCUACUGGCUUCGAGUAGAGCUGCUUCUAUCAAACCUCCCGCUACUCCCGCUUUUACCCAGGCACCGCGUGCCAUCGCUUCUCCCGUCUUUUUCGGUGCUCAGCAGAGCAGGAAAUAUGCAGAGGGUGCUGGGGUCAAGGAGUACACCGUUCGAGAGGCUCUCAACGAAGCUUUGGCCGAGGAGCUUGAAUCCAAUCCCAAGGUUUUCAUCCUAGGCGAGGAGGUUGCCCAAUACAAUGGUGCCUACAAGGUCACCAAAGGUCUCUUGGAUCGCUUCGGCGACAAGCGUGUCAUUGAUACGCCAAUCACUGAGUCCGGUUUCUGCGGUCUUGCGAUUGGUGCUGCUUUGAGCGGCCUGCACCCUGUUUGCGAAUUCAUGACCUUCAACUUCGCCAUGCAAGCCAUCGAUCAGAUCGUUAACUCUGCCGGCAAGACUCUUUACAUGUCUGGUGGUAUUCAGCCCUGCAACAUUACUUUCCGUGGCCCCAACGGCUUCGCUGCCGGCGUCGCUGCUCAGCACUCCCAGGAUUACUCUGCUUGGUACGGCAGUGUCCCUGGUCUAAAGGUCGUCUCUCCUUGGAGCGCCGAAGACGCCAAAGGUCUCCUCAAGGCCGCCAUCCGCGACCCAAACCCCGUCGUCGUCCUCGAGAACGAGCUGAUGUAUGGCCAGUCAUUCCCCAUGUCUGAGGCCGCGCAGAAGGACGACUUCGUCCUUCCCUUUGGCAAGGCCAAGGUGGAACGCUCCGGCAAGGAUCUGACCAUUGUUUCUUUGUCGCGAUGCGUUGGCCAGUCUCUUGUUGCUGCUGAAAACCUCAAGAAGAACUAUGGUAUCGAGGCAGAGGUUAUCAACUUGCGAUCUGUCAAGCCCCUGGAUGUCGAGACUAUUGUCAACUCCGUCAAGAAGACUCACCGCCUUCUCUCCGUCGAGUCUGGCUUCCCUCACUACGGCGUUGGCUCUGAGAUCCUUGCCCUUACCAUGGAGUAUGCGUUCGACUAUCUCGAUGCCCCAGCUCAGCGAAUCACCGGUGCUGAUGUGCCUACUCCCUACGCCCAGAAGCUCGAGGAGAUGAGCUUCCCCACCGAGAAGGUUAUUGAGGAUUUCGCCGCCAAGCUGCUGCGUGUCUAA